AUGCGAUUGUGCAGAAAGGAGGUCUACGCCAUCGUGGAAGCUAAGAAGGGUGUGCGAGCCAGAAAGAACCGCACUAUCAUCACCCAAGAAGCCUGUGAGAUUGUCGGGUGGCUUAUGAAGCACCCACAGUCCAGCAUCUUCAAUGAUCACUUUCUUCUUGCCUCGCAAGACCGUCAUCAGAUCUUUCUCACCUUUGCGAGGUUCCGCCACAAGCUAUUUGAGUACUACAAGGAUGGAGCUUACACUGAUAAGUUUCUGUCCCUGGAGACAUUUGGGCCUUUGGACGCCGAAAAUCCCCUUCAUCUCGUCCAUCUGGCAAAGGUCAUAAUAUCCGCUAUUCUGAUUGCAAAGGCGGCCCUACAUGUGUAA